AGUAGCCUACAUAAAUUGCAAAUAUUUAUAAUAAUUACAAUUAAUCACAAAAUUAAUGCAUAUAUAAAUUUCACAUUAUUUAUUUAACACAGAAGUCAAACAAUAAUGAAAAGUUUAACGUGCCUUGUUUUGACAGUUCUAGUGUGCACCGUUUGGGCAGUACCAUUCGAAGUACUAGAUGCCCAACUAACAAACGCCAAACAUGUCUGCCUUAAUCAGACCAAACUGGACCAAAAAUUGGCUCUGGGAGAAAAACUGAGUCCACGAGCGUACGAAGUGAAGGUGUUCAUGAGCUGUUUGUUGGUUCAGCUGCGCAUUCAAGACGAGAAAAGUGGUAAAAUCAACGAGGAUGAGUUCCGAAAGUUCCUCACCGACGAUGCACCAGUGACUGAUGAACAAGCCAAGUGCUUGAAGCAAAAGGGCAGCCCUACUGAAACUGCUUUCCAUUUGUUCAAAUGUAUGAAUUUUAUUGUUGACGAUGAUUAAUAAAAGUCUUUUAAUUGGGA